CCCGUCCCGCCCCUUGCUUUGGGGAGGUGGAGCCGGGCGCUGUGCGCGGCCCGGCCGCUUCCUGGUCACCUGAGGAGGAGGAAGGAGCCCGUUGAGGCUCUGGGGGUUCAGGUGGGCUCGGGACCGGCAGCCAGCAUGGCUUCGCUUUUUAAGAAGAAGACUGUGGACGAUAUAAUAAAGGAGCAAAACCGAGAGUUAAGAGGUACACAGAGGACCAUAACCAGAGAUAGAGCAGCACUUGAAAAACAGGAAAAACAGCUGGAAUUGGAGAUAAAGAAAAUGGCUAAGACUGGUAAUAAGGAAGCCUGCAAAGUGCUAGCAAAACAGCUCGUACAACUGCGGAAACAGAAAAAUCGAACAUACGCUGUUAGCUCUAAAGUCACUUCUAUGUCAACUCAAACGAAGGUCAUGAACUCUCAAAUGAAGAUGGCUGGAGCUAUGUCAACUACAGCAAAAACAAUGCAAGCAGUUAAUAAGAAAAUGGAUCCACAAAAGACACUACAAACCAUGCAGAAUUUCCAGAAGGAAAAUAUGAAGAUGGAAAUGACUGAAGAAAUGAUUAAUGAUACUUUAGAUGAUAUUUUUGAUGCUUCUGAUGAAGAGGAGGAAAGCCAGGAUAUUGUUAACCAAGUACUCGAUGAGAUUGGAAUUGAAAUCUCUGGGAAGAUGGCCAAAGCUCCAUCUGCUGCCAGAGGUUUACCAUCUGCAUCAACAUCAAAAGCUGCUACCAUAUCAGAUGAAGAGAUUGAACGACAGCUCAAAGCUUUGGGAGUUGAUUAGCUUGAUGACAAUAGUCUGCCUUCUAAUUAUUCAGCUGCAGACAAAUGUAGAAAGUGCAAAGACUUUUUCAAUGCAACUGAUGCCUAGGAAGAUUCUGAAGCUGCAGAAGUGACGUCUUCAAGCUGAUACUCUGGAGGGAGAAGAGACUACUUUGAAUCAACUGAUAGGGAGAAUUACACCUGCUGUGUGCAUUGCACUCCAUUGUCUUGACUAAAGAGGGAUAUAGCUCUAAUGAUACAUUUAUACACAGUCUGAAUUCAUUCUCUGUUGAACUGGAAGUUUUCUUCUCAGUUUCUUUUCUGCCCUUAGAAUUGGCAGUUCUGUAGCUGGUGGUGUUAUCUCCUAGGAUAGCACCUGUAUAAUAUAUGUCAUUUUUAUUAAUCUGUUGCUAUAGAAGAAUUACUAGUCUGUCAUCUUGGCAGAAACAAAACUUCACCUUUACUCUUAGCUGAAGUUAUUUUGUUUUGAUGAGAAAUAGCCUUGAAAAUCCAGCAGUUUAGGCAGAAAGAAGCAGUUUAUGCAUUUCUUUCAAGUUUCUGCAGUAACUUUGAGUUGACUAAAUAUCUGAUUAUUCUUUUUAUCAAAGGAGAAGAAUACAGUCGUGCAGUUAAUUCUACUGGAAAGGGAUUUAGAUGUUAGUGAACUUCAAUGCAUGAAAGGCACUGAUUGAACUCUAUUGUACUGUAACCUAAUAGUAUUCCUGUGCCUUUAUGUAUAUAAAUCUAGUACUCUUGAUUUUUAUUUUUUUUUUCAGAGUGAGUCUUUGAAAGGAGAGUAAACUAUAAGUAGGAUAGUUUCCACAAAACAUUAUGGCAAGAGCUCUGAUGAGACUCAGUCAUGUUCGGAAGUGCUACUUGUGCGUCUGCAGAAAGGACAUUUGCCUGAAACAUUUGUAUAUAUUUUACAGUAUUUCUUAAUGGGAGAUAACUGUACAUAGUUGAGUUUACUAAGAUACAGUUGAGCACAUUGGUGAUAAACUAAAUUAAAUCUCAGUUGUGAGGACAAUUCUGGAUGAUAACACAAUAAUUUCUUGUCAAAACACUGCAAUAAAAGCAUUCUGUUUCCAUGAAGGUUUUUUUUUCUAUGGUCUCUUAGCUAUCUCAGUGUGAUUCUGGCUUUAGGUGGACUACAUGCAACUAAUGAAAUAAAAACUUGACAUUUUUAGCAGAUGACUACGUCUGAAAAUGCAGUUCCCAGUUACAACUUCCCAGAUAGCAUAAAGUUCCUUUACUCUGCUGUAGAUAAUUUGCCUGGUUGUGCUGGUAUGUUCAGUGAACAGAAGCAACAAAAGCACUGUUGUUACAAAUUAAAAACUAAAAUACUUCUUAAGAUUGAAAGGCGAGGUACUUUGUACUUAUACUUUUAGGUACAAGUUUCUUAAAAACACUUUGCUGCUAGAGAAGGUGCAGAAGGAAACAUUAACGUCUGUGAAUCUAAUGUCAUACCAUGUGCUUUAGUUUUCAAGUCAGCAGAGGAAAAAAAAGUAUAGCAUGUUUUUUACAUGGAUGUUGAUACCAACUGGAGAAAGUAAGGGACGUGCUAUUAAUCUGUGAGGCAGUGGAUAUGAACAUUGAAGUUUAUUUAUUGCCUAUCUCUCUGAAAUGAUUUUUUUCUUUUUGAACAAGUUAUUUUGUAAAAAUCUAAUAAAAGGUGGGUUUUUUUAUUCCACAA